CGGAUCGGAUAGGAUUCAUCCAAGGGCUAAGGGAAAGAAAACUUGUCCGCGUCGCUCACGAUCUCGGCGAAGGAGACCAAUAAGAAUCCUGCAAGGAGGAAGAAUCCUCACCAAAAUCUACGAAAUUUCCACAGACUGAAACCCGAUCGAUAGUAUAGGUGGUGAGGAGCGGCCGGCGGUGGUGACCAAAUCCAUAACUAGCUUGAGAAACGUUCUUAUAUUAUAUAGGACGGAGCGAGUAAUUGCUUGCAGGACGGCCAAGAUCCAUGUCGGCAGCGCUUCGAUCCGCGGCGAGGAUGCUCGGCCGUGGCUCCCUGCUCCAGCGAACGGGGGCGGAGGGGCUCUUCUCGCCAAGCAGAAGCAGGCUCGUGCACACCCGUGAGCAUGCUCCUACAGACCUUGCGCGCGAGAUCCAACAGAAGAAAGACGAGCUACGGAGCUUGGUAUCUAAGGCGAUGCGGAACAAAGUGGAGGUGUAUGAUGUGUUAGGUAAGGCAGAUAAGAAUUGUGAGACUCUUGGUAAGCAUGACACGCUUCCACUAGCACUCCAAUAUCGUUCUCGGGGGAAAGUCGUUCCAAAACCACAUGCCACCCUUAGGACCUGGAUGCGGUUCGCUACAAGGGCUGACGCUUUGCUGGAGGCAGCUGCCCACGCGACAAUCUUCGCUUUGGUUAUUGCUUUUGUGGUUAGUGGUAGGGUCGGCAAUGGGGUAAAAGCCCAAACUGUUAAUGAGGAAAACCAGGGAAGUCAAGAUUGAAGAUUGAGAACCAAAGAUGGCUCCAGUUUGUUUUCAGUUAAAUUAUGAUGACUUACAAUUUGGCUUGCUGGCACUACGAUAUGGUUGUGAUAUUGUGUGACAUGAUGUGUUAUCGUAUCUCU